GUAGUACAAGUUAUGAUUGCUCUCAUAAACUUCAGCUUAGGAAAAAUAAUUAUGAUAAAUAUGUAAGUUUAAGGACCAGUCUUUUCAGUGAUCUUACUGGUCCCAAUUUGGGGACCUAUAAUGUUCUUUACCUCAGGAUCCCUGUCAAUUGCAGCAGGAGUGAAUACUACAAAGAGCCUGGCCAUCGGCAGUCUAAAUCUGAACACUAUCAGCUCUGUGUUGGCUGUGGCAGGAAGCAUUAUUGGUGUCAUCAGUGUGCUUGUGGGUGAAUAUUCUCCCCAUUUUAAUGAUCAUCCAGUCAUCAAUGGUUUGGAUACUUUGAUGUUAAUUUUAAAUAUGCUAGAAUUCUGCAUUGUUGUAUCCAUCUCUGCAUUUGGAUGUAAAGCUUCCUGUUGUAACUCAAGAGAGGUUCUUGUGCUACCACCAAAUCCUGCUGUAACAGUGAUGGGACCUACCCUGACACUUCAACCAUUGCUACCAUCAAAACCCAAAGGGAAAAAUGUUACAGAAAAUAUAUACAAGAACCACCCUGGAGAAAGGGUUUACUUCUGAUGUGUGUGUGUGUGUGUGUGUGUGUGUGUGUGUGUGUGUGUGUGUGCAAGUAUUUCUCUGAGAAAUCAACAGUUCAUUGCACUGGCUUUUGGAGGGAAUAUCAGUCAUGCUGAAAAUAUGUAAGCUAAGCAAUUACUAGAUCAACAACACUUCAACUUCUUCGAUUCACUGGAAGUACAA